AUGCUGGGAGUCUUGGGACUCGUGGUACCAGACCUGCUAGGGGGUCCCCUGUACCUCUUGCCUGACCUGGGCACCGAGCGCCUCAUCCCUUUCACCAUCCAGCUGGUGGUGGCUGUUGGCGUGCUGGAAGCGUACCGGGGUGCCAUGCGCGCACAGAAGAAGGGCCUGGAAGAGCGUGCCUACCCCGGCCGAAGGUUUGAUGUCUUGGGGCUGACACGGCAGAGGCCGGAGGCCAAGCAGGAAAAGCCGGCACCGCCGGGGCUGGGCGUCUAUGCAGCUUGGUUGGGUGGCUUGCCAGGCUUCCUUUCAGGUGCCUGGUGGUAUUCUAGGAGGGAGAUGACAGUGAAAGACUACAAAGACAUGAAGGAGAAGGAGCUGAACAAUGGGAGGCUUGCGAGUGUCUAUGCAGCUUCGAUGGUGACGGGGAAAGGACCCAUAACCCUUUUGCUGGAGCAUGUUGCAGAUCCUGUCCACAACUCUGUUUUGCAGACGCUGUCACAAUAG